UACAGUAAAAACAUUCCGAUGGUAUUAAAAUGAAAAAAAGAAAGUCAGAAAAAUAGGCUUAUUCACUAUACUAUGGCAUUAGAUUAUCGAUUAAAAAUAGGAACCAAAAUAGACGGGUAUUUACCUACGAUACCAUAGAUCAAUCAAAUGUGUCCGAGUGGUCAGGGCGUUAGACUACCAAAUUUGAGACCGUUCUUGUUUUUUUUUUUUUUUUUUUUUUAUUAAAGUUGUUAAUUAUAUUAAAAAGUCUUAUUUGCUUUUUUUUGUAAUAUUACCAGUCCGCUCAAUACGUUCAGUCAUUUUUAACGUGACGUUGCAAAAGUCAUUCAAACGUAAUUAGACGUAACUGUAAUGAGCUUAUUACAAAUCUAGUAUUUGUUAAAUUCUUGAAAUAUACUUUUCAAAUCAUCAUCACACGUUAGAAUUAUGUUUUAAUUUUGAAUAUUUAUAACGAAAUCGGAAAUGUUUGCUUUUACAACUGUUACAAUGAAAGGUCCGGAAAACUACUCGGAAUAACUGAGAUAUCAAUGGAAUUGAUUGCCCCUUUUGAAGCCUCGUCUACAUUGUGUUAAUGAACGCAAGUACAAUACGACUUCUGCGUGGUGUUUACGAAGAACCUAGCUUUUUUCUGUGAAAAUUUUAUGUUUCUACUAUGUUUUGUUUGAAAGUUACUGGCAAAACAUAGCGAUUUCGGUCCGGAAACUACUAGGAAACCAGAACUUCUAAAUUUGUGGUUGAAUGUAUCUAUAAUUGCCCAAGAUUACCCCGACGAGAAUGAGUGUGUCAAAAUUUGUACAUGUAUUUAAUACAUGGGAAGUCUACCCGCGGGUUUAUCACUUCCAGAAACGAUUCAAAGAUGUUCACAGUAGAUUCAUCAACAUAAUGAGUGAGUUAAUGUAUCUACGUAGUUGAUGUUAAUGAAAUCAUAUCUCAUAAAAUCAUUUUCAAAGAUUUUCACAGUAGAUUCAUCAACAUAAUGAAUAAAGGACCAUAUACAUCUCUGUUAGUUGAUUCGUUAUUGUUUGACAAAUUAAAAGACCUGAGAUGUAUGCUAGAAAACCAUCUUGAGGUGUGUGUCUUUGGCCGAGAAAAUAUUGAGCAGGAAUCGUUAGUUGUAACAACAGAGCCACUUCAGCGUUUGUCGCAAGAUAUCACCUUACUUCGGCAAGAGAGGAGUUAUGAGGCAACAGCUACAGACCCCCCUGUUAUGCGUGUUGAUGUAGCAUAUGCAAAGAUUAAUAAUUUUGGACAUGAAGGACUGAUGGAAAUCGUAGAAUCCGUUAAUCACCUUAUUUCUGACCUAGGGAAAACAAUGGCAGAUUUAUAUCAUUCACUGCUCAUAGUAUGUCAUACGGAUAAGUUAUACCAAAUAACUGAUACUGAACAGUUUCGUUCCUGUGUUAUAAAGACGAUGCAUGAAUCGUUCGGCUUAGAUCUUUCUGCUGACAAUAUAAUCUUUGGAAUAGGUAGUGAGAUGCUAAGUAGCAAAAUAUCUCUGAUCAUAGAAACGCGAAUCAUAAAUGGAUUUUUCAUGAUGCGGGAACAUUUGCAAAGCUUCUUUAGUAAUAAAAGUACUAUAUGUUUAGGGAAAAUGGACAUAGUGGAGUCAGAGCAAUUACUAAAUGCAGUACAAGGUUUUUUGAAAGACGGAUUCAGACUUGUCGACAUACUAGAAGAUAGUCAAAGGAAAGGCGAACCCUUUAUUGAAAUUGUUCUGCGCCAUCUUACACGCAAUAUACGAUGUGUCAUCCUGGAUCCAUUGUCAUCAAAGUUUAAUUUGAAACCAGACCUAAUCAAUCAAAUUGCACACGAAUUGAUAUUUGAGGAGCAAAUGAAGGAAAGCAUCUCCAAAAAUACGCGGUAUCACCUAGGCAAACUGCAGCAACCCUGCGAAGAAAAUGUUAAAGCGCUGAAAACACCUAAUAAGUGGUAUCGAUUUCCAGGUAGAAAGUUUGCAUUUAUUGCAUAUCCUUUACGGGAAGACAUUCGGCCGACCGUUUUGAAGUUGGAAGAAAGUCUGGCUUCUUUUCGGCGCAAAGUAACAACAAUGAAGAAGAUGAUUUUUGAAAUUGACGGAAACAUACAGCAAUCUAUAGUGGGAAAAGCUGAUCUAAAGAAAAGUAUGAGAAACAGAGACUUAACGGACGAAUUCAGGAAACGCAUUUUGUCGUAAGCAUUUCAUAUUCAUUUCAUUGCCCUUUCGAAUACAAAUUUCUCCGAACUUUAUAUUAAUCAUAUCAGUUUAAAGUUAGAACAACGGAAUAUUGUUUGUUUCAAAACUAUGUGUGUUUGAUAACAGUAUUGCAGUACCUGCUGUCAGUUAGAUAAACUAGAUAUGUACUUCGAUGCAUAAAUUAAAUGUGAAAGAGUAGCGAAUACAGAAAUACUUUUUUCUGUCAAAUCUCGUUUGCCCGGGACUGAACUAUCAGUCUUUUGAUUUUGAGUACUGUGGUCUAUCUACUGAGCUUACUGGUGGGUAUCAGUACCUUGCUAAAGUUUCAAUAUUUAUUAAUAGAAUAGAAGGCGUUUAUGGAACUGGAACGGUAUAUGGUGAGUGGGAGGUUCAUGUGGAAACAGACGUAGCCAAACAACAUGUGCUUGAGCUGAUGGAUCGAUAUCAAAUACGCCGACCGGUCAACUUAAGAAGGGUAACCAAUAAAUCAAGUGUUUUAGCUGGAAAUCAGGUGGAACAUGGUUGGGUAUUAGAGAGCGAGUGGCCAUGUGAAGAGAUGCGAUUCAAGGCAGGUACCCUUGGUGGUUUUGCAGACAGCAAUGAUGGGGCAUUGUAUGCUUUGACUUGUGCUCAUGUUGUUUAUAAUAACGACACGGAAGAACAUUUGGUCUAUAUGAAGAACGGUUCAAAUGACAGGAAACAAUUUGCGAAAAGUCAUCCAAAUUUGAUGAUACAUACUGGCACAGACCAAUGUCCUUUAAUGGACUUUGCUGCCGUGAAAGUACUAGAAGAAGUAGUCCCUUACUGCACAAAGUACUUCAAGGAUGAUGAUGGUAUGUUGAAAGGUGCAGAACUAGAAACCCGAGCAAUAGCCGGACAACACAUAUAUAAGUACGGUGCUGCUUCGGGCUUCACAAGUGGUAUCGUGUGCAGUGACGACUACACCAUCGCGGAUGGAGAAGAGGAUUACCUUGUCCUUAUAAGUCUUCCAGCAGGAAGUCCGGAUAAUGAGUCGUACGCUCUUCGUGGAGAUAGCGGUUCAAUAAAUUGUAUUCCCGAUGUCGAGAACAAUAAAACAGUUAAGGUAGUUUCGAUGCUGAGUGCUGGAGAUAUGAAAGUAGAGGGAUUGGACGAGACUACUUGUAUAUCAUUUCUUGUAGGAAAAGGCCUUGAAAAGUUAGGGAACAUUUCCGAUGGAAUAGCACUAACAUUGCCGUCAGUGAGCAAUACAUCUUCCUCGUACCGAUCAUUGUUUUUCUAAAGAUAUUAACCUGGUUUCAAACCACCAAACGAAUUGAUUGAGGUUAGGGAUAUAUAGAUAUUUUAUCUCGACCGACGGUCAUUUCAUUUGAAUUGGCAUAUCACAGUAGAUAUCACCUCCCUUGAAAAUUGCCAUAUAAUCAGUAAUGCUUUCCCGACUGACAGAAUGUCGAUCUAUAUUUAAAUAUUUAAGCAGUAAGCUGUUAUACAACUAUUUCUCCUCUUCAGUUCGAUGUAAAAUAUUCAUUCUCACGGAACAUAUUUUUGGUUCCAAUUUUGUUUUACAAGUAACAUCCUCACUUAUAUCGAGCAUAUAAUUGUAAUCAAAUGUUUAAAAUGGUCAAUUUGUUCAAGUUUAGAGGCAAAUAAGUAUUGUUUUCCCAAAUACGACACAAAGAUUCUUAUAAGAAAUGCAACAUAGAAAAUUGUAGGAAAAAAAAAAUCAUCAUCCGGCUCGUGAUUAAAACAGUAUUGUAUUAAUGAAAACUAUUGACGAUAGCAGAUAAAUGUCACACUGAGUGAGAAUUGUCUCAAACAUAUCAGAUCAGAUUGUAAAAAUCUUAAACGAGUGUUAUCCUUAUUGCGAUGUUGGCGAACAGUGAAAGCGAGGUGGAGAUAUAGAUGAAACAAAAUAAUUUGAUUAUCGUGAUAUGUUAUAUUUUUGUAAUAGUGAAUGCAUGUUUAUGAUAAAACCAUUUUAUCACAUUUUUAAUUUAUUUUAUAUAAAUAUAAAGGUAUGAUCACUUUCAUUGGUAUGACAUUUUUCAUUAUCAUUAUAUUGGCAGAUAAAAUUAAACCAAAUUAUCCAGUUUA